AUGAACUGGAAAUGUUAUUUACCGUGGGCACUAAGAGGGUUACUCUAUUUGAUAACGUUUAACUUCUCGCUGCCAUUUUUUGUGACGGUCGCUAAGACGUUGUUGGAGAACUUUUUCUCUACAUCAGUGUCGUUUAACUUGGACACUUUAUACCUAAAUUGGAAUACUUCGUUUCCGGCUAUAACCGUUUGUGAACUCUACAACUCUGAGAAGAUUUGGGACAUAAGUGAUGAUCACUUUGGCUCAGAGCACGAGUUGUAUAUCGAUGACUUUAUCAGCGAGAUUGCAUUCUUUCGAGGCAUCUGCAUUAGCUGCGAGAACUGCGAGCAACUUCACUGUCCCGAUAACUUUACGUUUCUUUUAGAUGUGUUCCGUAGCAAAUGUCAUGACCUAAUUAUGGAGUGCAGUUAUCUCAACAUGAUCUUCGACUGCUGCGAUCAAUUCUUGCCCAUUCCAACAGAGUACGGAGUUUGUUUCUCUUUUAAUUCGCACCAGGCGCGAAAGGUAUCCCAAGUGCAGUAUAAGAAUAAUCGCAUAACUGGAGCUGGACAUCUGAAGUUCCAUGCCGCGGCGGAUAUACAGGUGCAUGUGCAUGCUCCAAUCGAUGUGCCAUUCCACUUUGCCGAGGGCAUGAUAAAGGAAACCGUACUCUUGGGAAACUACAAGGAGGUCAUACUGAAUGUCAUCGAGGUGUUCAAUCACGAGUCUGUCGAGGAGUUGAGUUAUGAGCAGAGACGUUGUCGGUAUAGUCACGAACAUGUCGAGGAACGUCUGGGUAUCUAUGAGUUCUACAGUUACUCAGGUUGCAUUGUGGAAUGCACGGUGUCGUUGCAGCUGCUCUAUUGCAACUGCACCAGUCACUUUAUGGCUGUGCCGAGCAAGAACUCGUUGCCCGUCUGCGACUAUCGGGGUCUCAUCUGUUUAACGAACAUUAAUGAGAAGAUUCUGGCUGAACGAAAGUCCUGUGAUUGCAUGAGUUCCUGCGAGGAGCCAGAGUACAACAUCAUUUUCAACACACCAGAUGACAAACAAGAAGCUGAUAGAGACGUUUCCGAUAUUCAUGUGUCCCUCGUCGAGUUGCCCACUCAGCGUUAUGUACGACGCGUGGCCAAAACCAAUCUGGACCUUUUAAUUUCUGUUGGCGGUCUUGUUGGACUAUUCUUCAAUACAUCAGCCUUGCGCCUGGUGGAAAGCAUAUUUUUAAUUUUGGAAUACAGAAAACAGAUUUUUAAGUGGGCAAAUCGAAUAUACCGUGGCACAUUAAAAUAUUUACAGAUUUUGCUACAGUUAAAGUAAAUCACAAAAUGUUAUUAAAUUCUAAUUGUCUUCCAA